AUGAGCACCCUCCCCGCGGAUCCAUGGAAGACUCUCGGUGUCGAGAAGACUGCAGACAAGUCUGAGAUUCGAUCUGCUUACAAGAAGCUUGUGCUCAAGUGCCACCCUGACAAGGUCCAAGACCCCGAGCUUAAGGCUCUGAAGCAGGAGGAAUUCACAAAGGUACAACAAGCCUGGGAGCUGCUCAGCAAUGAUGUCGAGCUUUCCAAGUAUGAGGAGCAGCUCAAGCUCGCUGAGCUCAAGGCAAAGGCCCAGGCCGCCAUGAAGAACGCUGCGAAUACGUCUGUUCCCCGCACAACAUCCACUAGGUACUACGAUAUUCGCACUGCCGAACCACCAUCAAAGUACAAGAGCCACAGUACUUCGUCUCCCUCGACCGGGAAGGUGUACACCCAUUAUGCGUCACCCCACACCCGGUCGCACGAGGAGGUUCCUGCAUCUCGUACUUACGCCAUCUAUGAGGACGGUGAGAAGACUGCCCGUCGCACUGCCAGCUAUGAGAAGCCAUCAAAGCGUGAUGACGAGAAGCUGGAAGACAUCAAGAGGAGAGAGAAGGAAGAGCUCCGUCGAUUCAAGGAGAAGGAGGAGGAGAGGAAAAAGGAGAGGUUGAUCGCCAAGGAACGUGAGAAGGAGCUGGAGCGUCAGGAAAAGGAAAGAGAAAGGGAGCGUGAGAAGGAGAGGGAGGCCCGUAGGGCUGAGAAGAAGAGAAUUGAGCGUCUUGAGAAGGAGCGGGAGAAGGAGCGUCGCCGUGAUGCCGAGGAAAAGACUCGCCGACACAAGCCUUACGUAGAAACGUACCCCGAGUUUGCCGAGCAACCUUGGGCGGAAGACGAGAUCUACAUGACGUCUCGGUCGGAUAAGAAGAAGUCUUCAUCGAGCAGCAAGAAGUACGAUGACCCGAUUCUUCGCGAGCGGGAACGGGAGAGGGAACGUGAGCGUGAUCGUGAGCGCGAACGUGAGCGGGACAAGUCAAGCUCACGCCGGGCCAAGUCUCCUCAUGCUGCGGCGAUGGAGGUCCCCGAGAGGAAACACAUCGACCACUUUGCAGAGGCUGCCAGCUACAUUGCCCGUGCCGGUGGUUCUGCUCCCAAGGAGACCGCUUUCUGGAAGUCGCAGACGCCUCCUGAUCAUAUUCUCGAGAUUCCUGUCGCGCCCACACCACCUCCCGCAGACCCAGAAGAGGAGUCGAUCAUGCGGGCCGCCAGGCGUGCAGCUCGCCGUCCUUCACAUGAGGCUUCCAAAUCCAAGGAGAAGCUGAAGUACGAUCUUGAUGCUUCUCCUGCCAAGUCUCGUCCGAUUCCUAAUCUUACCAAAUCGUACACCACUCCUCCUGUUUCUGCCGAGUCCCCUCCUCGCGUCAGCCGGACCAACACGACGCCACAUGAUUACGAGCGCAGCGCAGCACGCGGAGAGCGGAUUGUUCCUAUUCCUUCUCUUAUGCGCAGCACGACUUGGGCUCCUGGUGUUGCUGCUGGCCGAUCAGACCCGUAUGACGAUUAUUACGAAUCAGACGAAGAUCGAGAGCGCAGACAUCGCCGCCGCCGUAACAGAUCUCCCGAAGCCAUCCACUACAAGGUUGAGGGCGGCAAGACCUCGAAGAUGAGUUACGGGUACGGCGAGUCUCCCACCUCUCGGAGGUACGCAGACGAUGGAUGGAGUCCUCAUUCUCCUUCGGCCGCGUAUGCCCAGACGGCUUUCAAGGUCAAAGAGGGCAAGUCGUAUGGCUUGAAUGACAUCAAGUACGCGGAAUACACCUACACACAAGCUGACCCGUACGGUGCUGCUGUGGCAUCAUGA